CCCUAAUUUCAAGGGUGUAAUUUUUCAGAGUGUAUGUCAGAGAAGAUGAUGAGAGCAAUGGAACUAUUCGGGGAGAUGGAUGAGCAGGUGUCGUCAAUGGCGAUGGAUGUCGACGACGUCGACCCUCUCGAGACCUUCGCCGAGGGUGUCAUCACCGCCGACCUCAAACUUGCCGAUGUGAAUUUCUUCAACAACUUCGAAGACGAUUUCGAUGAUGCUGAUAUCAACUAAUCAUUACGUAAGGGUUAAAUAAUUUCCGGGUUAGGGUUUCUUUAUCUUGAACUUUCCUCUCUGUGAUGGUGAAGGGAAUCGAAAAAUAAAUAAAAGAACAUGGUGUAAUCUAUUGUGUUUGGUAAUUGUGUUAAUAUGAUAAUUGUGUUUGGUCAUUAACUGUACUUCGGUUUUAUUUGAUUAUUGUG